CAAUGAGGGCGCGCGGAGGCGGUCCGUUGCUAAGGAGGAAGUUUGGUUGAGCCUCCGAGCAGCAGCCAUUCAGCGGCGGUGGCUGAAGCGAUUGGACUGCGAGCGUCUCUCCCGACACUUUCUGUGGAAUUUGAAUUAUUUGGGCACUGCACUGGUCCGUGGUACACAGGUGACGGCGUCAACGGGGCAUCUUCUGGGUCGCAGCGGGGAUCACAGGGAGCUCAGCGAUGAAUAAGCUACGGCAGAGCUUCCGCCGGAAGAAAGACGUCUACGUGCCGGAGUCGAGUCGACCGCACCAGUGGCAGACGGAUGAGGAGACGGUCCGCAGCGGCAAAUGUAGCUUUGCAGUCAAGUACCUGGGGCAUGUGGAGGUGGAGGAGUCCCGAGGCAUGCACAUCUGCGAGGAUGCAGUGAAGCGGCUGAAGACGGACAGGAAAUUCUUCAAAGGAUUCUUUGCAAAAGCUGGGAAGAAGCCAGUGCGCGCCGUGUUGUGGGUGUCAGCAGACGGUCUUCGCGUUGUAGACGACAAAACAAAGGACCUGAUUCUGGACCAGACAAUAGAGAAGGUGUCGUUCUGCGCUCCGGACCGUAACUUCGAGAGGGCGUUCUCUUACAUCUGCAGGGACGGCACCACGCGACGCUGGAUCUGCCAUUGUUUUAUGGCCGUUAAAGACUCAGGAGAGCGUCUCAGUCACGCUGUGGGAUGUGCAUUCGCCGCCUGUCUGGAGCGAAAACAGAAACGGGAGAAGGAGUGCGGAGUCACGGCGACCUUUGACGCCAACAGAACCACUUUCACCCGUGAGGGCUCAUUUCGUGUUACUACGGCAACAGAGGCGGCAGAGCGGGAGGAAGUCAUGCGGCAGCUACAGGAUGCUAAAAUAGCAGAGACGAAUGUGAAGGUUGCUGGGAACUCGGCCACCUGCGUGACAAACUCCUCAGCACACCCGACGGGAGGCUCGCCCUCUCCCUCCCCCUCCCCGCCUCUCUCCAUGUCCUCUCUGGGACCCCAGGUGAUACCACGCAGACACGCGCCGGCCGAGGCUCUGGCCAGGCAGGGCUCCUUCAGAGGCUUCCCGGCCCUCAGUCAGAAGACGUCUCCCUUCAAACGACAGAUGUCACUGCGCAUGAACGAGCUGCCCUCCACCAUGCAGCGCAAGUCUGACUUCCCCAUGACCAACACAGUCCCGGAGGUAGAAGGAGAAAGUGACAGCAUCAGCUCGCUGUGCACUCAGAUCACAUCAGCGUUCAGCGGACCCCCAGAGGACCCCUUCUCCUCAGCACCGAUGCCCAAACCAACUUCCUCCCCACAGUCUCCUGUAGCACCAGGAAGUAACUGGUCAUCCCCUACUCCGGUGAUAGUGGUCCCCCCCGCAUCCUCCCCACCCAUCUCCUCGCACAGACGCACCCCAUCAGAGGCGGACCGGUGGUUAGAAGAAGUCACCAAGUCUGUCCGAGGCCCGCCGUCUAACACAAUCAUGGCAGCGGCCACGCUCCCCCCCCAGCCGUUCACUGCCCCCGUGGCGAUGCCUGUGGCGUCUGUUCCCUCCGUUCCCCCGGUGGCCUUCAUGUCCUCUCUGCCCUCCGCCGUGCCCAUGUUGCCCCCUCGCCAGCCCGCCUUCCACGCUCCGGCGCCGAUCUCCUACCCGAUGCCCAACGGGCUGUCGUUCCCGCUGCCCAGCGUGCCCGUGGUCGGCAUCACUCCUUCACAGAUGGUGGCUAAUGUGUUCGGCUCGGCCACGCAACCCCAGCAGUUCCCCGUCCCGGCCUCCACAACUCCCCAGCACGACCCCCACGCUGUCGGCCACAUCAGCCCGUUCAUCAAACCCCCGCUGUCCCACGCAGGGAACCUGGCUCCCCUGCAGCCAUCUAACGGUAGUGUGAGCUUUAACGGCGCAGACAGCUGGGCUGCCCCGUCACACCUCGCUCCAUCCUCCCCAGCCGCCCAGCCGCCCCCACAGCCGCAGGAAGAUGCCUUUGAGGCCCAGUGGGCAGCGUUGGAGGGCCGCUCGCGCCAGCGCACCACACCCUCCCCGACAAAUCCCUUCUCCACUGAGCUGCACAAGACCUUUGAGAUCCAGCUCUGAAGACUGUGUUGGAGAUUAGAAAGUACUGGACUAUAAGGAGGCCAUUUUAGUUGGGGGAGCAGAUGGAUGAUUGACUAAAGAAGAGCGGGGAAUGUCCUCCUGCCUCUUCGUCAGUGGACAGGACCGAAAAGAAGAGGGAGACCCCCGGGUGACUCAACAGGGAGCAGAACUCUGCACAGCUGCGAGGGGAGGAAAACAAAACCGGUGGCUGUUCACAAAGGUGCAGCUCCCCGGGCAUUCAUUAGCAUUGUCUGCUUUGUUUUGUUUGUGCAGCGCAGGCUCGUCUUUACCCUGUGGAAUAUCUGCACCGAGCCGCACCCAGCCCCCGACCACCCCCCCAAGUGUGGCGGCCCCCGUCCCCAGCCCGCCUUUGCUCUCUGUUGACAGGACGAGACCUCCUCACCUGGCAGAGGAACUGCAGCACUGAGAGAACUCAGCUUCCAGACGAGAAGCUCUCAUUAAUAACUUCCCAAUCAGAAGAAUAAAGUGAGACAAUGCCAAAAUCUUUAUUUUUAUGCAUUAAGUAUAUUUUAAAUAGCUUUGGAAUCUAACAGAAGAGUUGUAAGUAAUCGUGCCAAAGGCACAGGCUAGAUACAAUGAGACGAGUUUAUGAUCGUGUAUACAAGAAAUGACCGUAUAUAUUAUACAUAAAAAUCUAUAUAUAUCUAUAAAGAAUCUAUACUGUACACACAGCUCACAGCAGUGCUAAUUUUUAAUGUGAUGUAAAGAGAUUUUGAGAAGGGACAGCUGCUUUACGUUGUGUUUGUUUUGUUUUAUUUUUGAAGAAAAAUCUCUUUAUUGCCGUCGGUUGCAUCCUGUGAUUGGAUGUGAAGCAUCUCUCUGUAAAUAAGGUUUCAUUGCAGCAACAAUCUAUGUGGACCUAGCAAUGGUGGUGGUGCCCAACUGGUUGCCUCUCUUACCUGUGCUCCGUUUUUAAUAGUUUAGUACACAUCAGUACUCGACGUUUUACUUCUGUCUUCAUCGUCAUUCUUGUGCGUGGUAAUGAUCUUGUUUUUUAUUUAACGCAGUAGGAUGUGUCAUCUCCUGUUUCUCCACCUCUUAUAUUAUUUUUUUAAAUGGUGAUUUCUAAAUUUUUAUUUUGCACAAGCACUAAAGUAGAUGAUUGGACCUCACAGGUGAUCAACAUGUUAGUCCGUUGAAGCUGCAUGCUGACCUGCUCUGACCUCCGUCAGCAGAAAACUACAGGGAGAUAAAAACGUUUCAUCUCUCGCUGUCUGAUUUCUCUCUGUCACGUUUUUAUUUUUUUAAAUCAAACCUGUGAAUAUGAUCUAUUCUCUGAUCUAUUUUUCCAUUUUGUAAUUAUUUCAUUACUUUAUUCCACUUCUUUGGAGAAAUAUGAAGCUAAAAGAUUGAAUAAAUUGAUGGUGGUAAAGGAAAAA